AUGACAACAAAGGCAGCAAAUACUGCCCCUGUUUCUACAAAUUCCACAGAUGCAGGCUCACCGAGUCGGCUUCCUAUAAAGCCUCUGGCCAGAAGCGCAACAACGUCAAGCACUACAACAAGAACAUUAAGGAAUGGCGCAUCAGGCCUUUCGAGGACGACUUCUGUCAAACAACCUACUAAGCCGGCACCGUCAGAACCUACGAAGAGAGAAACUAGGUAUCCUCCUUCAACGACAACUACGAGAACUCGACCAGCGGUGAGGCCGACCUCGGCAGAUGGCCCAACUCAAGCUACCAGGAAGGCUCCAGCCCCGUCGCAUACGCGUGCUAAGAGUACCGCGACCGGAUUGAAGAAUGCACCGGUAUUGAGACCGUCUUCAUCGACCUCGUCGGCCAGCAGUACUACCACCACCUCGACCACCACCACUACUAAGCCGACUCGCACCCUACGCUCCUCGACAACAUCUGCCGUAGACAAGUCUUCUGGUGCUGCACCUCGUCUCCGACCAGCCUUUUCCACUCUUCAGCAGCACUACUCGCCUGCCAAGUCUUCUGCGCCGAAGCCCCUGACCUCGACGUUCCUUGCACCACCCUCGCCGUCAAAGCUUCCUGCCAAUGUCGCUGCAUCUGCUGAAACAAGCAAGUUGCAAACCGAACUACUACAACUGCACCUCUUGCACCGAGAUGCACCCACCGUCGAUAGUGCAUGGAGGGCUAGCGCCGAGCGCAAGCUGGGAGACCAAUUCUCGAGCCUUGCUGCUGCGAGCAAACAAGUUGACGACCAGGAGAGGGCCGAGGUUGAGAAGGAGAACGUCCUAGCACUUCGCCAAUGGGCUGUUGGAGGACGUCUUGAAGAGCGCAUCCAGGUAUUAGAUUCAGUCAUGAGCGGUCUCUGGGCGCUGGAGGAUCCUGGUGGCCGCUAUGCCAGGGUUGUAAGGCGCUUUGAGCGGUGGGUCGAACGCAUGUGUGAGAUUGAAGAGGCACGUUGCGAGGGUGGUGCGCUGCUGCAGGAAAGUGAUGUGCUAUUCAUCGGUGAACUCGAUUGUGCGUGGAAGGAUGAAUGUACCGGCUUGGUCCGACGGCUAGACACACUGAAGCGACAAAUCAGUCAAUUGGGAGACUUUCCAAAUGAAAAUGAAGGGGCGAAUGAUGACAAGGAGCAGUCGAGUCUGCAACGCAUGGUGGAGGGGUCCCGAGAACUUGUCGAUGGGAUGCUGACGGAAUUAAAUGUUAUGGAGGAUAUUGAGCGCGAUGCCCUUGCGCGUGAAGGCGAAUGGAUUGAGAGGAUGAAUCGAGAUGACGACGCGGACGAUACCCCAAGAGCUGGAGCAGUUUGGAGAGUUGUGUAA